AUGAACUGUUUCGAGGAAUGUGACGAGGUGUAAACACUGCUCAGUUGGUAAGCUAGCCACCGGUUGUUAACAGUAUCGGUAGCUAAGUUUGAUACGGUCGCCGGUGAAUUGCACGCAGUUAUGGCUUCACGGAUUCUUGAGCUUGUGAUGUCACUUCAACACUGACUCCAUACUCGCCGUAUCCCGCUCACUCUGAUCCUUUGAUUGCAUACAUGAUUAAUAUUCCGUCAUCAUGACCAAAGACAUCGUUGUUGGAGAUGAAUUACCAGACUGGGUGGGGGCCAAGGAGUUUUACCAGAAGUAUGACCCCAAAGAGGUGAUUGGCAGGGGUGUGAGCAGUGUGGUGCGCAGGUGUGUGCACAGACACACGGGUCAAGAGUUGGCAGUGAAGAUCAUUGAGAUCACAGCGGAGAAGAUGACCGUUCAGCAGCUGCAUGAGGUGAAAACCUCCACGCUGAAGGAGAUCCAAGUCCUCAACAUGGUGAAGGGACACUCCUCAAUCAUCACUCUUAUUGAUUCCUAUGAGUCCACAACCUUCAUAUUUUUGGUGUUUGAUCUCAUGAGGCGAGGAGAGCUGUUUGACUAUCUCACAGAAAAAGUUACUUUGAAUGAGAAGGAAACCAGGAGUAUGAUGCGAGCUUUGCUGGAGGCCGUGCAGUACCUUCACUCCUUCAACAUCGUCCACCGGGACUUAAAGCCUGAAAACAUUCUCCUCGAUGAUUAUGGACACAUAAAACUGUCAGACUUUGGUUUCUCUGUUCAGCUACAACCUGGAGACAAGCUUAGAGAGCUCUGUGGGACGCCUGGUUACUUGGCCCCUGAAAUACUGAAAUGUUCGAUGGAUGAAAUGCACAUGGGCUAUGGCCAAGAGGUCGAUCUCUGGGCGUGUGGCGUGAUCCUUUUCACCUUACUGGCCGGCUCACCACCGUUCUGGCAUCGCAAGCAGAUGCUGAUGCUGAGGAUGAUCAUGGAGGGUCACUAUCAGUUCAGCUCACCAGAGUGGGAUGACAGGUCUGACACUGUGAAAGAUCUGAUAUCCAGGCUGAUGGUUGUGGACCCAGCUGUCCGUCUCAAUGCUGAGCAAGCUCUAGCACAUCCCUUCUUCAGACUGUACCAGAAGGAGGAUGUGCGACUCUUUAGUCCCAGAAAGAGUUUUAGGGUGUUGAUAUUGAGCGUGCUGGCCUGUAUCAGGAUGUACAGCCGUUACCGCAGGGCUCGGCCGCUGACUCGGGAAGUGCUGGCCAGAGAUCCUUACUCCAUUCGCGGUGUCCGCAAACUCAUCGACGGCUGCGCCUUCCGCAUCUACGGGCACUGGGUGAAGAAAGGGGAGCAGCAGAACCGAGCCGCCCUCUUUCAGAACACGGCUAAAAUCAUGCUGCUGGGCCUGGAGGACUUUGAAACAUAAAGCGGUCAACCUCAUUCCUAACCACACUGAUUUUUAUUUAAACAUUCGCAUGUGCUCUCAUGUCAGUGUUUGUGAUGUCAAAUUACUGUUUAAUUUUAAGAAGAGGAAUUCAGGGGCCAGGAUGUUUGUGUGCCUUAUUAAUGCGCACCGUGGUUCUGCAAGUUAAGCAUGCACAUCUUAUCUUAUCCACCCUUUGAUCCAAGUUUGUGGUUGUUUGAAACUCUUCUUGUCGGGUCAUCAGUUUUGCAGUAAAGGACACAUUGCACAAUCAUUUGAAAUAACACAUCACAUAUAAGUACAUUAUGUGUAUUUAUGAUAUUACCUGUUAAUCGUCAGUUAUAACUGAGGAGAUGUGUUUCUAAACACUGCAUGGCUGAAGUGGACAUUAAAGCACUGUGAUUAAUUAUUUAAUAGAUGAUUCUAUACACAUAAUGUUACAAUUUACAGAUGGUUCCAGUGUUACAAAUCAGUACUGAAAGACAUGUGAAACAUUCAUGUAGAAUAUUUGGAGUGCUUUUGGGAGAGUAACCUGCAGCUGUCAUGCAUGCAGACAGUCCUCAAUAGGAAACCCACUUAAACUAACUGUGAAAAUGACUUGUGACUGUAUUUAACCAACACCAUUCCAUACUCUGUUCAUUCUUCAGUUUGAUAAGUGGCACUUUUCCAGAGAGUUUCUCUCGAAGAAAUAACUGUAGAAAUGCAGAUAUGAUGUACUGUAUGUGAAAAAACAAAGUUUUGUUGAUAAUAAAACUAAUGUUUGAGCUUGAUUUGUCAAACUG